UUAUAAAAGGUCCACGUCAAGGCACACCGCUUUGGACUUAGUCUCCUAUAAUAAAUACACCACCAAACAUCACAUUUCACAUUAAUUUUGUUCUGUGGAGAAAAAAAACUUUUUAAGCUUCGACAAGAAGGAAAUAGUAAUAACAUAGUCAUCAUCAUCAGUCAUCAGCAAAUGGAGUUUUUCAAUCAAGCUAAAGCCGUAAGGAUGCGUAACGUCCAUGAUAAGUAUCUAGCGGCGGACGAGGACGAGGAGACGGUGACUCAAGACAGGAAUGGUUCCGACAAGAGAGCUAGAUGGACCGUCGAGCCGGUUCGUGGUUCCUUUGAAGUGAUUCGUUUGAAGAGUUGCUACGGUAAUUACCUCACCGCUUCGAAUGAGCGGUUCUUGCUCGGUGCCACUGGGCGUAAAGUGGUAUUGUCGAAACCGAGUCGUCUCGACUCGUCUGUGGAGUGGGAGCCGGCCAGAGAAGGAUCCAAAAUGACGCUCAAGACGAGAUACGGUAACUUGCUUCGAGCCAAUGGUGGGCUUCCUCCGUGGCGUAACUCUGUCACUCAUGACACUGCUCACGUAUCGGACUCUUUCUUGUGGGAUGUUGAUGUCGUCGAGAUUUUAGUGGGAACAGCGACUCCUACCCCAACUCCAGCUCCGGUGUCAACACCUCCACCGCAUAGGAGACCAUCGUAUUCUCCAGUUUCUAGAUCAUCUUCAGAAAAAUCCGAGGAAGAGUUGGCCGUGUCGCCGCCGAAAUCUGAAGGAAGGAUCAUUUAUUAUCACAUCGCGGACGAAGAAGGACAUGUGGAGGACGAGUCGGCCGUUGGAUACGCUUUGACUUUCAAAGGAAACAGCGUUGAGCAGUUGACGCAGGCGCUUCAAGAAGAGACUAGCAUCGAUGAUUUUGUCGUGUGUACACGCAAUCCUUUAAACGGCAAGCUGUUUCCAAUUCGUUUGCAACUUCCGCCAAAUAGCGGAAAAAUGCAUGUCGUUUUAGUACCUUCUAGUAGUUCUUAAACGGCAAGGCAAGCUGUGUGGUUUCCCUUUAUUUCGAAUGUAUUAUAGUAGUAGUGGUCGAAGUGAAUUAGGCUUAAGAGUCAAGAUUGAGAGUUUUGUCCUUGCUUCCAUUAGGUAAGAGUGUUCUAGAUAGAUUAUUAUUGUGGAAGCUAUAAUCUUUCAUUUGUUGUACAUAAGUUUGUUUUUGUAAACGAAGCUAUAAGUUUCGCCAUUUUUUAUGUGAACAUACGCUAUCAAGAAUUGAUUUA